GGUGUGGUGGGAGGAGCAUUUUUAAAAAAAAUCAUGCGCUGAACCCGUGGCCACAGCAUGUAAAUAAGUCAUCGAUGCCAGCAGCUGUUAGGUUGAAGGUGCCUUAAAGGAGCCCGGAUUAAACAGGAGAGGCCCCACCUGCCUGGAAGCAAACAGGGCUGACAAGUGUGUGUCUCUUCAACGAGUAGAGGGAAACAAAGCUGAGACCUGUGCCUCUUGGUCACAAAGAUCAUUGUUCUGACGGAGAUUCUUGGGGGAAAAAAAAAGAGCCUUUUUGGACAGACGGUCUCACCCAGCCUUGAGGCGAUAAAGAAGAAAUCUGUAACACCGUGAAACAAAUGCGACUGAAUCACUAUUUUCCAAACAUAUUUUGCUCUGGAUUAUUUUGAACUGGAAUACUUUUUUUUUUUUUUUUUUGCCUGAAAUGCUCGGAGGGUGCCGGAGGGGGAUAGAGGCAGACCGUGUAAUCAGGUUUGUGUCAGCUUGUUGGUUUGACAAGCCAAAAGCCUUUCAGAGUGCUGCUGUAACUGCAUUUCCAGGUUUGGGUUUUAGGGUCUUAUCCCAUGGGGGCUGCCUCAUUGACGGCGGCCAUGCUGGAUGUCCUCCGCAUGUUGUUGUUGUCGUCCCUCCUUUGGCAAUCAUCUGAGAGCAGCCUGCUGCCAACCUAAUCCACGCGGCCCCCUGACUUCCCUCAGCUCCACCCUGCACUUUCUGGACGGCCGAUAUAAGCACUCGCCGGCUUCUUGGGUGCGUCUCGACGCAUGGGGUGUUUCAAAAUGUCUUCUACAUACCAGCAUCUGCUCACGUGGAGUUUACCACAAUUCCUGCUGCUUUCGUUGACUCACCUCUGGCUUUUGGCCCCUCCCACAGGUGUAUCAGCAGAUGUUUGCCGUGUUACUGGCGGGGUGCUUGGGCUCCACUGGACGAGCGUCAUCAGCUUGGGUUGGUACCCUCUCACAGACGGCAGAGGUGGGCCAACAUGCUGGGAGACCUGCUGCCUGAGGCCAAGUUGCAAUGCAGUGUGGAGCCUCGGCGGGCGGUGUGUGCUUCUCAGUUGCUCUCUGAAGGGGGGCUGCCCCAUCUUGUUUCUGCCCCAACCUGAUCAAGACUCUCUCGGGCUCCUUCAGAUUCUAACCAAGAGUUCUACCCCAAAAAGAGGGAGGAGCCUCCGUGAUGCAGAACAUGAAGAGCAAACCGAACAACAGCCUAGCACGGAAACUGCCAAACUGGAUCUAGUGCACCCCACAGUGUUGGUGUCCAACUCCAGUGUGGUUUCACAAGCGGACCAAAAGAACAUUAGCUCUAUAACCAACAGAAGUAGUGAACACGCCCCACAGCAGAACUCCUCCAUUGUACUCAACACUGCUGCGUCUUCCAAUACCAGUGAUGUCAGCCCGCCCACAGCAACUGUCAUCAGUACAGGGCCAACACUUGCUGUGAGGGAGCUGGUGGUGUCAGCGGGGGAAAGUGUUGAGGUCACACUACCACGGAACUCUGUCGAGCUUAAUGCCUUUGUGGUGCCGCCACUUCCCCCAGAUGCAACCUAUGCGUUUGACUGGCGUCUGAUAACGCAUCCCAAAGAUUACAGUGGGGAGAUGGAAGGGAAGCACAGCAAAACCCUGAAACUCAGCAAGCUAACAGUUGGUCUGUAUGAGUUUGAGGUUACCGUGGAUGGGGGAGGAGCCCAUGGAGAAGGUUACGUCAAUGUCACUGUCAAACCAGAGCCACGGGUAAACAAGCCUCCUGUUGCUGUAGUUUCCCCAAAGUUCCAAGAGAUCUCCUUGCCAACAAGCUCCACAGUCAUAGACGGCAGCCAGAGCACAGAUGAUGACAAAGUGGUGGCGUGGCACUGGGAAGAGGUCAAAGGUCCCCUCAGGGAAGAGAAGGUUUCGGCCAACACGCCCGUCCUCACCCUCACCAAUUUGGUUCCAGGGAACUACACAUUCAAUUUAACUGUCACUGACUCAGAUGGCGCCCAAGACUCGACACAGGCCACCCUGUCUGUCAACAAAGCCAAGGAUUACAAGCCUGUGGCCAACGCUGGCCCAAACCAGGUCAUCACUUUGCCACGUAACUCCAUCACGCUGUAUGGAAACCAGAGCACAGAUGACCAUGACACCCUUGCUUACGAAUGGUCCCUCAGUCCUGAGAGCAAAGACAAGGUGGUGGAGAUGCAGGGCGUACGGACACACAUCUUGCAGCUGUCGGCCAUGCAGGAGGGAGAUUACACCUUCCAAUUAACUGUGACCGACUCUGCCGGACAGCAGGACACAGCCCACGUCACAGUUAUUGUGCAGCCAGAAAACAAUAAACCACCACAGGCAGAUGCUGGACCGGAAAAAGAACUGACACUACCGGUUGAUCGAACCACGCUGGAUGGCAGUAAGAGCACAGAUGACCAAAAGAUAGUCACCUACCACUGGAAACAGACCAAAGGUCCUGAUGGCGUGAAGAUUGAGAAUGGGGACAGUGCUGUUGCCACGGUGACCGGUCUGGAAGUUGGCACUUACGAGUUCACCUUGACAGUGACCGACGAGAGGAAGUUGCAGAGCAGCGACACAGUCACGGUCGUCGUCAGAGAAGAAUUGGAUCAGCCACCUGUGGCCCGUGUGGUUUCCAGUCCACCCGUGUCUCUACCUGUGCGAACGGCCACCCUGGACGGAUCACACUCCACUGAUGAUAAAGGUGGCAUCAGCUACCUGUGGACCAGAGAUGACAGCAGCCCUGCCGCUGGGGAUGUGAUGAACAACUCUGACCGCCAAGCUAUCUUGUUUCUGGGAAACCUGGUGCAGGGCAAGUAUAGUUUCACCCUGUCUGUCACUGACAGCAAAGGUCAAAGCAGCACGGACAGUGGCACAUUGGAAGUCAGACCAGACCCAUGGGAGAGUGACCAGGUAGAGAUGGUCUUAGAGGUUCCCAUAACACAGAUUUCCCACCGCCAACGCGACAUGUUGCUGCGCCAGGUCGGAGUGUUGCUCGGCGUCCUCGAUAGUGACAUCAUUGUUCGAGAGAUUGGUGCAUUUAACGAGCACAGCACCCGAUUGGUCUUCCUGGUGUCAGGCGGUCCAGGGCGCCCUCCGCUGUCCGGUCAUAGUGUUGCACUCACUCUACGCAACAAACUGCGCAAACAAAAGAACGACUUUCUCAUUUUCAAGCCCCGGCGGGUGGACACAGUCAUCUGCCAGCUGAACUGCUCCAGUCAUGGCGAGUGUGACUCAUUCUCACGUCGAUGUGUCUGUCACCCUUUCUGGAUGGAGAACUUCAUCAGAGCCCAGCUCGGCGAUGCAGAGAGCAACUGUGAGUGGAGCGUGCUCUAUGUGACCAUAGCGUCCUUUAUGAUUGUCGUUGCUUUGGCGACAGUUGUUUGGGGGUGUGUGUGUUGCUGUGACAGACGUAAGAGCAAACCACGCAGAACUAAAAGUCGUUAUAAAAUGCUGGAAGCUGACGAGCAAGACGCUCUGGAGCUGCAACCACCCAGAGCUGGCCGCAUCAAGCCAGUACCCGCCCCUACCUCCUCUGCCCUCAUGCACUCCGACUCUGACCUGGACAGUGAUGACGGGCAGGUCGGAUUUUCAUGGACGGAGCAGGAGCGCGGUCAUCUUCUUCGACCGCAGAACGGUGCUUUGAAAAACGGCCAGGGUCCUAUGAGAGGAAAGAAGCACAGAGAAGAGCUGCUAUAACAAAACGAGGUGAAGUCACCUCUUCCUGAAACACACACGCACGGAUCCGUCCAUUUUGCUUAAUUUCACCCCCCCCCCCCUCCCCCUCCCCUGGACACGUGAAACUUGAAAGCAUACCACACUGUUACACUGAAAAACUGAGCCAUGGCAGAGGAAAAAGCCUACCAUUUUGGUUGUGACACCAGAGAGAAUUCUAGUAAGGACUUAUUUAAACUGAGACAUUACCGCAGGAGAGAUAAGACUUACCAAGGUGACUCAGAAAUUAAAACCAGCAAGCCCACUUCAUACAUCCCCCAACCUUGCUUCUCGUCGACCUGCAUGAAUGCACACGAAUGGUUUUAUACACUGUUACAGGUUAGCCUGACGCUCCCAAACACUGCCCAGAAAUCCAGACGUCAACACAGCUGAUAUAGGUCACUUAACGGAAGGAAAAACUGCACUGGAUCACAAGCAGACAAAAAAAAAAACCUGCAUGGCUGCUUACACUUCCAGCCCAGUUCCAUUCUGGAAUCACCACCUGCAUGUUCGUAUUUCUGGACGUAUGACAGUAUGUGUGUGCCUGACAACAUUUUUUUUUCCCUGGUUGAUGUGCCAAAACGUCUUUCUUCAGAGUGUUGUGUGUGGGUGUUCGUUGUUCCACUUGGAUCAUGACGCUUGAUUACUCAAUUUUCAGACAAUUGCGUAGGGCCAAAAUGCUGCUUUUAUCUUGAAGGUUUCGCUCUACACAAAUUAAGUCACUGGGAUAUACAAUAUGAAUGAAGACUACUUUUUAACUAUGUCUGCUGUGAUCCAAUUUUUGAUGCACUUUUAUUUCAUGUUGGAGUCUUACUUUUAUUUGCUUGGUUCAGUAACUUUCUUGAGGAUCAGUUUAGUCAUUUUAAUUAGCAUUUUAUGGGUUCGACAACCACUGACGAGCAAGUCGACGGCAUGUUAAUCCUUGAUUGUGU